AUGCGUGCUUUUGUGAUUUUAAGUGUCAUCGCAGUUGCAUCUGCAGGACGAUUGGGAUACAACUACCAACAAGGAGUAUCUGGAACCAAUGAUUAUGCUUCAUCUGGAUCGGGUUUGAACUCCGUCUUUUCACUUGGUAGCGGACAAGGACUUGGAGGCGGUGAUUUCGGUGGACAAGCUCAAGGAUCUGGUAUCAGCUAUGGUCUUAGCGGUGGAUCACUUGGUGGUGGAUCAAUUGGAUCUGGAUUUGGAGGCAGCUCAUUUGGAUCAGGAAUUGGUGGUGGUUCAAUUGGAUCAGGUAUUGGCGGUGGUUUCGGAUCAGGAAGCAGCUAUGGAUCAUCUGGAUCGAUUGGAGGUGGAGUCAGUUAUCAACCAGGAUCAAACCGUGUUAUCGAUGGUGGACUCACUAAGGAAUAUUACAUUUAUUCUGCUCCAGAGGAACAAGCUCAAGAAGGACACAACACCCAAAGUAUCGAAACUGUUAUCAAGAAGAACCUUCGUGUGAUCUUCAUCAAGGCUCCAGAAAACAACGCUGUCCACAAUGCUGCCCUCAACAUUGCCAAACAAGCAACUGAAGACAGAACUGCCAUCUAUGUUUUGAGCAAGGAACCUGAUGUAUCAGAAAUUGCCAGUCAAGUUCAACAAAUCAGCGAAAAUGUUCGUGCUAAACCAGAAGUCCGUUUCAUCAAGUACAGGACAAAUGAAGAUGCUCUUAAUGCUCAACGCACCAUUCAACAACAAUAUGAAGCUUUGGGUGGAACUUCUCAGAGUUCCAAUGAAGGUGUUGCUCCAGUUUUGAACUUUGCUUCUCCUGCCGCUCAUGCCGGUCAUGGACAAGGUCAUGCUAAUUUGUUAGGAUCUGGUUCGUCAAUCAGUUCCGCCAGUUCACCAGCUCUUAACUUUGGUUCUGCAUCAGAACAAAGUUCACAGAGUGUUAGUUUGGGUAACUUAGGAUCGUCUUCCAAUAGCGUUGGUGUAAAAUCAAACGAAUACCUGCCCCCAGCUGUUAAGAAAUAAGAAUUGAUUUCUAGGAUUGUUAUUAUUUAUUUGGAUUGCGCACUGUUGAGGUUGAA